AGCGACUAGUCGACAGGCACUGAUUGGACAAUUUCUUUGCCAAAAGCAAACUGCCAAACGGAUUUCUGCGCUAUAAAAGCUUUUUACAUAACGACUUCCUGGGAUUUUCGAGGUCCCCCGAGUGCCCAGUACCCGGCUUUAUGCAAAAGCGGCCAGUGAGCCAAGAAGCAACGUAAAAAACCAGUCGAAAAGCGAGGUGAAAGCAGGCGACACAGUGACCAAGAAAAGGGGGAGGAAGUGGGUUCCCUUGAAGAAAUCGAAUCGAAAAGCGAUCUCGACCACUUGACAGGCACAAUGGAAAAGCACUAAUCUACGCGGCAGAUGCAAAAUCAGCUGGGAUCGCGUUCCAGACUGGGAUUGGGAUUGCGUCAAGGAGCCGCGGCGCGGUGUAAAUGCGUGCGGCCGUUGGCCUGAUGCUGUCGCACGGUGGUGGUGUCGUGGAGCCAGCGAUGUCCCGGCCGGACUACGAACAGAGCGCACUGCACCACAGCUGCCUUCUGGUGCUGCUCCGUGGCGUGGGACCAUCGCGGGCCCGCAUCCUCCAGCGGGCGUUCGAAAAAGUGCGACGUGUCAACCACAUUCGGGUGAACGAUUCCUCUGGCAAUCCACGCUCCAUAUGGAUUCGCUUUGUUCACGAUCAUCCCGUGGAGCACAACGAUUGGGGAGACUUUCAGACCCAUCGUCGCCUUUUGGGACUCGUUACCAUUGGCAAAUUCGACAACCAAACCGAACUCAACGAGCUGUGCCGUCAGCACGAGUCCCUGAAAGUUCGCUAUGGCUCUACCCUCUACGAAUCCCGUGCCAUUUUUUUUGGUCCCGAUGAACCACCGCUGGAAACGAUUGGCGAGGUAGUAGCACCGCCGCCAGCCGGAGGACGUCGUCUUCAGGAUGAGUUUACGACGCCCUCGAACUUCAAAUCGCAAGCCUUCUUUUAUCGCGAACAGGAUCCUUGUGUGGAUCUGGAAUCUCGGAUCGGGGACUUCGCCAGUGCUUUGUUUUGGGUCCUGGAAUCGCGACGAUUGGAACGAUCUCGUGAGAAAGCGGACAAGGUGAGCCUACUGCUGGCGCCCUUCGAAAAGCGCGACUUUGUGGGCUUGGACAUGGAGUCCAGAAACAACAGGAAAAGAUGCGUGGGUCGUGUGAUGAAAAACCUGGCGGAUCUGUCGCUCCAAGCAGGAUUAGUGGAUGAUGCUCUGAGUUUGUACCACAAUGCAAAUGAAACCUUGAGGUCGGUUGGCGACUCCCUGUGGGUGGGGGCCACCGAGGAGGGUCUGGUUGCCGCCUCCGCGAUGCUGUUGUAUCCCCAAAUGCGAGAGAUCGAAACGCUGCACAGGAACUCUUCGCUUCAGGAGGCGGGAACCUCCCCAUUAAAGAACACUCCUGAAAAGUGGCGAGCCAGCGAUGCCACCAAGAAAAUAAGCGCCAGUGAAACCACUGCGAACAAUGUGGAUUCCGCACAGCAACAGCAGCAGCAGCGCAUGACCUCGAAUUCAUCUUCCUGCUCAUCAGUGUCUUCCCUGGUGACCACCGCCACCAAUUCCUCCGCUUCGGACACGCCGACAACCUCGUCCUCAUCCACUUCGACGAUAUCGGCAGCUCCGAUACCAGGACACCAAAGAAACGGUGAUCUGCCGGGGAACAUACUCAAGGCGGAGGAGAUCACCAACUACUAUCGCAAGGCCAUCAUUAACUACAGCAAAUACAGGCAUGCAGCCACCAUUGAAACGGAGGCUGCUUUGAAAGCCUCACGAAUUUGCAUUGAGCAGAAUCGACCUCUCGAUGUGGCAAUGUUCCUGCAAAAUAUCCUGUACAUAAACCUGAGCAUGACCGAGGCAGAGCGGGUGAAGAGAUUCGAGAUCAUCACGGAGCUGUAUCAGCAGAUCGGCUACCAAAGGAAGGCGGCGUUUUUCCAGCGACUUGCUGCGCUCAAACACGUGCAGCAGGGAAGCCAGGCACCCGACUGGAAUCAGAGCUAUCGCCUCAUGUUGGGCAGCUUUACGGGAUAUUUGCUUUGUCUAGAUCCCCUGGAGGUGCUGGAGAAUGCCGCCGGCUGGCCGGCGCUGCAGAUCGAUCUGGUUCAGACCCUUAUAACCGCCGCCAGGAGACUGGGUCACUCUGCUUUGGCAACGCGGCACAUGACCUUCCUGCUGCAGACCCAGUGGGAUAACAUGUCGCCCACGGAGCAAAGCGAGAUGGCUGUGCAACUGCAGAAUUUAAGCGCCCAGUGCGAAGGUUCACCUGUACCCUUGGUGCUGGAAAAUGGCACUGUGAUACCGCCCGCCAAUCUCACGGACUUGCCCUACUGCCUUGAUCUUCAGGUUAAAGAUUUGCCCGCCCAUCUGCGACCAUUGAGAAUAAAGGUGGCCAAGGCGGACAGUGGUCCUUUUUUGUUUACUCCCAUACACUUCAAUUCGGUCGACAGAAGGGAUAAGAAAAAGGACAAAAAUAAAAUAGCUUUCCAGUGGGUGCAAAAUGACCUCAGUGAGGUCACUGUGCGCCUGCGCAAUCCUCUUCCAUUUGAGCUGGCCGUUACAGACAUGAGAUUGCUCACGAAUGGUGUGGUCUUUGAGUCUCUGCCCCAGACUAUUGUCCUCCAGCCACAUGUGCCCACUUAUGUCGCGCUUCAUGGAACGCCCAUUGAAACUGGCCAGUUGGAUCUGCAGGGCUACAGCACUCACACGCUUGGCGUUAAGUCCAACUGUCGGCUGAAACACAUGCGCGGGCGAAGCUUUCCGCCUAAUUAUCUGGUGGAUGUGAUUCCUGCCCUCCCGAGGAUAUCCGUAAAAACUUCUCUGCCGCAAACCGCAACGUUUAGCAACAUGAACAGUGCGGAUAUUGUGGUGACCUCGGCCAGCUUGACUCUGUACAACGGGGAAUCCUCUAGCUGCACUAUAACGAUCACGAAUGAAAGCACAACGUUGCCGCUGGAGCACUUGGAGGUUUCCAUCAACUCGAAUGUGGAGCAGGAACUGCAGAAAAAGAUCUUCCGGAUAGAUGGAGAGGCAUUAAAGGCCAAGCUGCCAGUGCCUCCUCAAGGUUCCAUUGAAAUUAUCGUGGAUGUUUAUGCCGAAGCGGAUUUCGUUUGUCCCCAGCCACCUGCCUCCGUGCAUUCCAGCGCAGCUGCGGGAGAUUAUGGUGCGGCAUCUUUGACGCACUACUCUAAUGUUUCCACUUCCGGACACGCCAGCUUGCCAUCGAGGGUCGGUUCCCCGCAACACCGUCGCAACGAGCCGCAGAAUUCCAGUUUCAGAUCGACCUUCUCAAGCGGGCAACCCUCUCUGGCUGCGUUAAGUCUGCAGCCAGCUGGCGGAGGAGGAGCAGGACCUUCUAGUCUAGGCUCGCAGUAUUCACCGCAUAUAGAAGCACAGGUGCGGCUGAAGUACUCCGGUGGAGAGGCACUAACAGCGGGCUACUGUCGUCAGUGUGCGGUGUCUUUUAACCUAGAACUACUUCCUAGUGCGCAGAUAACCAGCUGGGAUGUCCUGCCCGCUGAGGUAGCAUCACAAUUUUACCUGGUACUUGACAUUUCCAACCUAACCGCUCAAGAGAUGUCUCUCAACUAUACGGAUACUAAGAAUAUACUCAUAGAGGCCAAAGAAAGCUGCCGGGUACCCAUACCGGUGGAUCGCUGCUCCCUGGAGCAAGUGGUUGCUGCCCGGGCAGCCGAGGUUGCUGAGAAUCUGGAAAGAGAACUCUGCUUUCGGACGCAGCUGCUAUCGUUUAAUGAUGCCUUGAGCAAACUCUGCUCACUUCACAUAGCGGAACGGGUGAAAAUCAAUUGGUUGCUGACGGGUACGGAUAUUCAGGGAAUCGCCUCUCUGAGGGGGAUUGUUCUCUCUCAGUCGAUGGUGGAUUUGACGGCUGUAUCGCCUUUGGAGUGGGCCAUAAGCUUCCAGGAGACGCCUGUGCAGCCGCACAGUGAGAUUGUUUGCACGGUGGGCCAGCGUUCGCUGCUUAGCAUACAGCUGGCCAAUCAAUCCCUGCAGCCGCUCAGAAAUUUGGUGCUAAGCAUCAAGUUUUAUCAGGAUUACCUGAACGGAAUGGAGAAUUACAAUUUGGAGACACGCGUGGCAAUUUCAGGGCCAAAUAGAAUUGCAAUUCCCCUACUGGAAAAGCAGGAGCAAAAACAGCACAAUUGCUCUGUGAUAUUCUUUACGCCCGGACGUUUCAAGGCCAGCAUCGAGUGUACCAGUAAUCCGCAGAAGCAGCCGGAAAUAUCAACUUCACUGCUAACCCGUUCCUGCCCAGCGGAAACCGAGAAUGACGGCCAAUCGGUCAUGUUCUCCUCCAGUUACGAUGAGCAGCAGGCGCAUGUAUGGAAGUUCAUUCCGCCUAUUGAAGUUACCGUCGUGGAGCAGUAAAUGUUAUCUGUCGCUAGUUUAAUUUCGUUAUUAUGUUUGUGUACGUAUUGUGUAUAUCCACUUUCCCCCGCCCGUUAAAUAGUUUGAUUCCCCGCUCUGUUACAACCGGAAACAUGAAAAGCAAUUGUUUGUAAAGAACUCUAAUCUAGACAAAAAAUAUAACGCAUAAUACUGUAUAUACUUAAGCUCAAGACACAAAGCAAAUACUGUACCCUAAGCUUGAUAGAGAAAAUUGCCAUAACAUAAAUCUAAAGAACCUAUAGUCCAGCUUGUAAAACAUACAUAUUUAAAAAAGCGUUAAGCCGUGGUGUAUUUAUAUAGAUAGCAAAUGUUCCGCGCACUAAAAGCCACGCCAAGCAUUAUACAUUUUUAUAACAAACUCGUAUUUACAACAUAUUUUUAUACAAAUAUAGGGGCAAUACACAUGUAUAAUUAUGAACUACAAAAUAAGAUUGUUGCUAAAGAAAUUAUGCCAAUGAAAUGUGUGAAUAUCUGUAGUGUAAACGCAAUAAACUCUAUUUGACGAAA